GACAAGCGCUUGGAAGAUGCGGACGACCUCUGCCCCUCCGUUUGCUCUGAGAAGUUCAGCGUGUACUCGGAAGCAAGCAAUGUUUCCCGCUUGACGCAGCUAUCGCGGAAGAGUGUAGUGAAGCGCUGCCUCAGCUCAAAAGAGCUCGAGGAGUUGGAGGUGAUGGAGAAGCGCCGUGAAGUCAGUGCAAUGAUGCGGCGAAAUCAGGUGAACUGCCGGAAG